AUGAGCUCUCCUCCCGUGACAGAUGAACCUGUUAAAGGUCCUAAGGAUGCGCGACUCAUUCAUUUGAUUAUGAGUUCUCUGGGUGUUCCAGCUUAUUCACAAACUGUUCCCUUACAAUUAUUAACAUUUGCUCAUCGCUAUACUCAACAAUUGGUUCAAGACUCUCAAGUUUAUGCUGAACAUUCUCGUGGAACCGGUGUUCCCAUUUCUGUCGAGGACGUUCGUUUAGCUGUUGCUUCGCAAGUAAAUCAUUCUUUCACGGGCCCUCCUCCCAAAGAAUUUUUGUUAGAAUUGGCUACUGAACGGAACAGGAAGCCGUUGCCUCAAAUUCAACCAUCUUACGGACUAAGGUUGCCUCCUGAGAAGUAUUGCCUUACUCAGCCAAACUGGAUUUCUAGCAAUGAGUCAAGGACUUUGGACACUACACAGGACUUUCCAGAAGAAUCUAGGAUGGACGAAGAACCAACCACUUCAGACAUAAAGGAGGAACCAAGAUAA